AUGCCUCCCGGUGAGGUGGCAGAGACAACACCACAGGAACCUCCUCAAGACGACUCGUGUAUCUCAGUCAGUCUGUUAUCCCCCGUGGAAGUUGAUGAACCUGUGUCUCAGUCCACAUUCUCUCCCGUGUUCGAGAGGGUACGAGCCGUCGAGGUCCUCCCGGCGUCCACGUCCUCGCCCACGGGUGUCACUAGGGCUAUCGCCCCCGAAUCAGCCCUCUCCUCAUCCGAGACCUUCGGCUCCGAGAUCAAGACCCUCCUCAUCUCCCGCUCGAACCCGGGGUCCACCGCAAGCCCGGCCACCAACAUCGACGCCACGCCGCUCACGCGUGUCGAUCGCCGGAGCCUGCUCGAGGCCUUGGGCCCCUGGCCGACAGAGGAGGAGGCGCAUGCUAUGCUGGACAUCGUCGUCUUCAACGUCGGCAUAUCGCAGCAGCUGUUCGACGUCCGCGCCUUCUCGGAUAGCCUGUCUCUGCUGUACCAAGAGUCCGCUACAGAUGUGAGGCUGCCCGAGAUAUGGAUCGUGGAGGCCUUGUUGGUCUUCGCUGUGGGCAGGCUGCUUCAGGGGCGAGAUGACGAGAGUGGCGAUUUGCCCGGGACGGGGUUCUUCUGCGAGGCGGUUAAGAGGACGCCUUUGCUUGGUGAGUUGAGAAGGCAUGGUGUCAUCGGUGUUGAGGUUGUUGCCUUGACGGCACUUUAUCUUCAGAUCGUGGAUCGGAAGGAUGAUGCAUACUUACAUUCUAAUACGGCCUUGAGGUUGGCGAUAAGUCACGGCGGAUAUCCGAUGUCCAUCGAGGACUACGCUAUCACGACUCCCGCUCCUUACGAAGUUCCAGGAUUCUCAUCGGCAACUGCGCUGGCAGUCAACGUCAAGGCGGCAAGGAUUACUGGAAAGAUCACAUCAACCAUCUACUCACAGAAGAAUGAUCCAGAAAGCACAUUCAUCAAUAAUGUGCAAGGCAUACUACACUCUCUAUACGAAGUCGAAAAGACCAUGCCUUUGGAGUAUUCAAUGGAGAUCAAGCCAUCAGGCCUCCUCGUUGCUGGACGUCCCUUCAUGGAUGCUCCGACGACGACAUCGAGAACAAGCUCAAGCCUGUACAUCUCCGUCUACUCAGCUGUCAUCCACACCGUCCGUCCCAUCCUGCUCUACAUGGCCCGAAACAGCCGUGACCCAGAGCGCGAGGGCUCUCGCACCGAAGUCAGCCCGGCCCUCAUCCGCCUAGCAGAAAUCUGCGUCGAGACCGCGAGCAAGAGCCUCGUAAUCCUCCAGGAACUCCGCAAAAAAGAGAUCCUCGCAAAGAACGCCUUCCUCGACCUGGACGCCACGUUUUCCGUGGGUUACAUCUUCGUCCUCGUGGAAGCCAUCAACCCGGGGAAGAGCCUGGGCUUCAAAGGCAUCGAUGGCUCGCGGGCAAUCCUACGUUACCUAGUCGGGCUGGGAAACCGGGCCGCUGCGAAUCGUUUGGCCGAGCUCGAUCAGAUGUGCGUGCAUCUUGCCCUGCCGGUGCAGCACGGGACUGGGCAGACGCCCCAGCAGUCUUUGACGGACCUUCUCACGAAGCCAUUUUCUUUCGAGAGUGGGUAUGGGGCUAUCGAGGAAGCUUGCUCGACUCUGGAUGCUGCUGCGGACACGUUGAGUCGGACAGGGGCCGGGGGCGGCGGCAGGGAGAUGUGUGAUAACGAGGACCCGGGCUUCGAGUUCAGCGGCGCGGACUUGGCGAGUAUACCGCUCGAGGGAGAGAAUAGUCUGUACUGGGUGUAUCACACGCCGGGCUUCUCGUUUACCGGGGUCGAGCAGACGGAUUGGGAGGCAUUGGAGAACCAGAUUCCCUGGGGCAACCAGCCGUGA